UCAGUUAUUUCUAAUUACGUGCACCUAAGGGUUUAAUGGAUCAUACGGAAUGUUUGAAAUUAAUCUGUAAAUGCAUCUGUUUGUUGCGUAAUGCAGACUGGACAGCAACUCAGCCUUCUUUCAAAUUUACUUGUAGACGGUGACAAAUACUUUGACAUAACUUUCCUGUAGUUUCGACUAUGUGAAUGCGAUUAAGAUCAUGUCACUGAAACGGAUAUGUGUUGCUGAUGGUUUUUGAUAGUGACUAAUUGUUGCACGCAUCUAACUCUCACACUAAGAUUUAAGCAUUAUUUCGCAACCGUCUGGAUAAAAAUCUGAAGGGGAGACUUCUCAAUCGACACGAUUGACAGCCCGUGACUGGUGACAUCACCGGACAACAAAAGGGCCGGCCCACGAGACAGACCCCAUCAAUCGAAGUGCAACAGCGCACAGUAGUAUAUCCGUGACGCACGCGUCGCUUCGCAGGACACCACAGGCGCGUCAGCCGAGCUGACCAGACCAGUCUACACAGUUUGGUCUUAAAAAUGUCACACCAGGACUUCUCCGAUGUCGACCGGUCCAUACUGCGCAGGUUCUUGCUCUUCAACUAGGAACUCUUUCUAAUAUCUGUUAUCCUACGGUAACCUGGCUUAACUUGGUUCGUUAUUAAACUGAUAGGAUCGGAUAAUAUGCGCAAGAGGACUCGACCUGGACCCUAUCAAUAGGCUCUUUCCGUGGUUCGCUGGAGGUUCGUGUGGAUUAACAAGAAUUGAUGUGGACUUUAGGGGAGCCUAAAGCUGGGACGACGACCGGGCAGAGCGCUUCCUCUUCGGGUAACAACUCUCUCAACUCACCGUUGAAAAAAGGAUAAUUUUCAGAACUCACUGAUCAUGGUCGCCGUGGUCCGCUCACUCAUGGCACUGCUGCUCCAUCAAAUGUUGAUAGGAGGUACGUCCGGACUCAUCCCCGACACCAGUCGACGGAAACACGCCGAGACUGGGAGGCAGACACCGGGCCAGUCGGAGGGCUUCCUCAACGACUUCGAACUUCGACUUCUAAACAUGUUCGGACUGAAACGCCGGCCAACGCCGAGCAAGGCGGCCAUCGUGCCGCAGUAUAUGGUGGACCUUUACCACCUUCACUCGGAAAACGGUGACCAUAGCACCAGGCGCGUGAGAAACGUCAUGGCCAAACACGCAGAGACAGCUGCCAGCAGAUCCAAUACUAUACGAAGCUUCCAUCAUGAAGAAUCCUUAGAGGCCCUGUCCAGUCUGAAGGGCCGGACGACGCAGCAGUUCUUCUUCAACGUGAGCUACAUCCCGCCCGGGGAGCGUGUGCAUGCUGCAGAGCUCCGCAUCCUCCGGGAGCAGGUCCUGGACAGCAGGGACAGCGGUUCCCAGGGCAACGUCAGUCUCUCGGGCAACGGCAGUGUAAGCGGGCAGCAGCACCGCAUCAACGUGUACGAGGUGUUCCACCCGUCGAUGAGCAGUGCCGGUGGUGCUGCCGGCGGUGGCAAGGAGGAGGUGCUGGUGAGGCUCAUGGACACCAGGCUGGUGCAGGACUCCCACAGCCGCUGGGAGAGCUUUGACGUGGGCUCGGCUGUGCAGAGGUGGACGUCCGGAACCAGCCCGAACCACGGCGUCAUGGUGGAGAUCAUCCACCCGGAGGACUCGGACUCGGAAGGGGUCAGCGAGAAUGCGGAUGAAAGCGGGGUGAGGAGGAGACACGUGCGUGUGAGUCGCUCCCUGCACGGGGACGAGGACUCUUGGGCGCAAGCUCGCCCCCUGCUGGUGACCUACAGUCAUGACGGACAGGGAGGCGCCACGCUGCGCUCGCGGCGGGAGAAGCGACAGGUGCCAGGGCGCAGGGGGGGGUCCAGCGGCGGCAAGCAGCGCAAGAGGCCCCCACGCGCCAGCUGCCGGCGCCACCCGCUCUACGUGGACUUCAGUGACGUAGGCUGGAACGAGUGGAUCGUGGCGCCGCCCGGCUACCACGCGUUCUACUGCCAAGGCGAGUGCCCGUUCCCGCUGGCUGAGCACCUGAACUCCACCAACCACGCCAUCGUGCAGACGCUGGUGAACUCGGUGAACGGCAAAAUCCCGCGUGCCUGCUGCGUGCCUACAGAGCUGAGCCCCAUAUCCCUUCUCUACCUCGACGAGUACGAGAAGGUCAUCCUCAAGAACUACCAGGACAUGGUGGUCGAGGGCUGCGGAUGCGGGUGAGGGCCUCCGACUCGGACGACUCCGGGCCGCAUCAGGGCCAGAUCCGAGCUGGGGUCAGCUCCCCCAAAUCAACCCCCCGCACCCCUCCUCUGAUUAUUCUGGGUUUGAUCUGGUCCAAAUCUGAGCUGGAUCCACUUAGGACAGCACCGGCUGACGUAGAUCACCCCACAACACCCCUCCCUCCCCGACCCCAAAACAUCGAUCUAUGACUGAAAUGGAUGAACAAUUUACCAAUGUCCAAUGAAGACUUUUAUUUAUAUGAAAACAAAGAACUUUUUUCUAAAAAAAAAAGACUUAACAAAACUAAACAAAAAAAAAAACCAGCUAUGAGGAGAGAAAGAGAA